AUGGAGUGUGUACAGUUUAAAGUUAAUGGAGUGCGCUAUUCAGUCGGUGGUGAAGUAAGUUCCACCACAACCCUGCUGGAGUUCCUCCGGACGAGGCUGGAACUGCGUGGGACUAAGUACAUGUGUCUCGAGGGAGGCUGCGGGGUUUGCAUGGUCAGCGUCAUCAAGACUCCGUGCUCACGACCUGAAGCUGUCAAUUCUUGCUUGGUUUCAGUGACAUCAUGUCAGGAUUGGGAGAUCACAACCAUAGAACAUGUUGGCAACCGACUGAAGGGAUACCAUCCGUUACAGAGAACACUCGCAGAGAACAACGGAUCUCAGUGUGGAUACUGUAGUCCUGGAUGGAUCAUGUCUAUGUAUAGCCUUUUGAAGAGUUGUAAACCAACAAUGCUAGAAAUAGAGAGAUCACUCGCCAGUAACAUUUGCCGAUGUACAGGAUACAGGCCAAUUUUAGAAGCAUUCAGAAAGUUUGGCUCUGAUGCUCCGGAUCAAAUCGAGCUGUCAGACAUUGAAGAGCUACAUUUAUGUAAGAAGUCUAAAGACGCGUGUGUAGAAAAAUGCAAUGAACGUGAAUGGUGUUUCGUGGGGAAGGAUGCUGUAGAAGAAAGUGUCAUACGCAUGAAGUUAAAAGAUGGUAGAGAAUGGUUCAAAGUAUUGACGGUGGCAGAUAUAUUUAAUGUACUACGAGAAAGGGGCACAGAUUCUUACAUGUUGGUCGCUGGCAAUACUGGAAAAGGAGUAAUACCCAUUAUUGAAUAUCCUCGAAUCCUAAUAGACAUCAGCGGAGUAUCUGAACUUAGAGGUCACUUGAUGGAUCAAAACUUAGUUAUCGGAGCUGGGACAACUUUGACGAAUUUUAUAGAAAUUUUAAAGGACGUUUCUGAUACGGAGAACUUUGAACACCUGAGGAUAUUGAUUGAUCAUCUUCAAUGGGUCGCGCAUGUUGCUGUUAGAAAUUUAGGUACGAUAGCAGGAAAUUUGAUGCUUAAACACCAGGACAACAGAAUCUCUUCAGAUGUUUUUCUGCUUUUGUUAUCAAUCGGAGCACAAUUAACUCUGGUCCUUGCACCAGGUGUAAGAAAAGUUGUUGGUCUGGAGAAUUUUCUCGCUGAAAGUAUGAUAGGAAAAUUAAUAUUAAACAUCUUAAUCCCUCCGCUCAGUCGAGGACAUAGAUUGGUGACGUACAAGGUAGCAGCGCGGUCCCGCAACGCCCACGCAAUGGUUAAUGCUGCAUUUCUGCUACAAUUUAACCAAUCAGAUAACAUAGUGCAAAACUGUAGAAUCGUGUAUGGUGGUUUAUCCCCUAAUUUUAAUCGAGCUAGAAAUACUGAAAAGAAUCUCGUAGGAAAGAAUCUUUUUAGUAACAGCACAUUGCAGAUGGCUUUAAGAAUACUGUCAGAUGAACUUGUUGUGGUGGAGAAUCCUCCAGAGCCUUCAGCUAAAUACAGACAUCAAGUGGCUCUAGGAUUAUUUUAUAAGGCCUUGUUAUCAUUAUGUCCAGAAAACAUCUUAGAUUCACGCUACAGGUCUGGUGGUGGAAACAUACAUGAAUCCAGACCGAUAUCAAAAGGUACUCAAGUGUUUCAGACGAAUCCUAAUUUAUGGCCACUGAAUCAACCAAUUCCAAAAUUGGAUGCGUUAAUCCAGUGUGCAGGAGAAUCCAAAUAUGCGGAAGAUUUAAAUUCAUUGCCAAGAGAAGUGUUUGCUGCAUUUGUGCUAAGUACUGUAGCAUUGGGAACCAUAGACAGCAUAGACGCUACUGAAGCCUUAAAACAACCAGGAGUUGUUGCGUUUUACACUGCCAAAGACAUACCUGGUGUCAACUCAUUCACAACAGCUACUUUGCCAUUCACUGCGGCCAAUGAAGAAAUACUCUGUAGUGGUAAUGUUCUGUACUACAAUCAACCUAUAGGAAUAAUAGUAGCAGAAACAAACCAUAUAGCUAACAGAGCAGCUAUUAUGGUCAAAGUCGAAUAUUCUAACGUGAGGAAACCAGAAAUAGAUGUAAAGAUAAAUAAAAAUAAUCCAGACAAAGCUAAGUUGUAUCGAUCAAUUGACGCCACUGAUAUAGGCAAUAAUGUAGUAAAAGUUAUAAAAGGUGAUUACACAAUGUAUGGGCAAAAUUAUUUCUGCACUGAAAACCUGAACUGUACGUCAAGGCCUACGGAGGAAGGUUUAAAAUUACGGCCUUCUUCACAUUAUUUAAAUAACGAUCAGUUCUUAACGGCACAGUGCCUAAAUAUUGAACACAGCAGGGUCGACGUGAAAGCACGCAGAGUAGGAGGUAGUUUCGGAAUAAAAACAACCAGGCAAACCCAGAUAACUACAGCUUGUAGUCUCGUCACUUUUAAGUUAAACAGACCAUGCAGAUUUAUUUUACCACUAAGAACGCAAACACGUGCUGUGGGAAAGAGAAUGCCAGCUUCUACGAAUUUUGAAGUUGGUGUAAACGCAGAAGGUGUGAUUCAGUACAUCAAUUAUGAUAUUUAUAAUGAUAAUGGAUGUAUUUUAAGCGAACUUAUUAUAGAAGUAAUAAUGCUGAAUUACAAUAAUUGCUACAGUAAAGAUAAGUGGAACUUCAAAUGCUUUACUGUGCUCACUGACACUCCGUCAAACUCAUGGUUUCGUUCUCCUGGAAACCUAGAAGCCAUGGGAACUGCUGAAAUGAUAUUGGAAAGGAUAGCAUAUGAAAUAGGUCUUGAUCCUCUAACUGUACGGUUGAACAACUUAGAUGCAGAACAUUAUGAUGCUCUAACAGAAAUGUUUGAGACUCUUAAGAAAAAAUCUGAUUACAUAGAGAGAAGAAGUGCCGUGGAUAAAUUUAACGUUGAAAAUAGAUGGAGAAAACGUGGGUUAAGAUUUACUUGUAUGAAAUGGUUUGGUUCUAUACCGUUUAUAAUGAAUGUGAUAAUGUCAGUUUAUCACGGAGAUGGCUCUGUUGCUAUAAUUCACGGUGGAGUCGACUUAGGUCAAGGCAUUCAUACAAAAGCGACCCAAGUGUGCGCGUAUUUCUUAAAAAUACCAAUAGAGAAAAUUCAUAUAAAAGCAAGUAAUACAACGGCUAAUCCAAAUAAUUACUUCACUGCUGCUAGCCUGACUUCUCAAAAUACUGCUUUAGGAGUAAGAAAAUGUUGUGAAGAGCUUUUAAAGAGAUUAGAGCCUGUACAAGCACGAAUGAACAAUCCAACAUGGGAGGAACUUAUAGCUGAAGCUUACAAAUUAGGUGUCAAUCUGCAGACUAAUUCAUAUGUCGGAUUUGAUGAUUUAAUAGAAUAUAAUGUGUAUGGUGUGGCCUUGGCUGAGGUUGAAAUUGAUGUUUUAACUGGGCAGUGGGAAAUACUGCGCACUGAUUUAUUGGAGGAUGCAGGACGCAUUGUUAGCCCAUUUAUUGAUGUGGGACAAGUUGAAGGCGCGUUUGUGAUGGGAAUAGGAUAUUGGACGACUGAGGAGCUGGUUUACGAUACGUCUACUGGAGAACUCCUAACUGACAGAACCUGGAACUACUACGUACCGCAAGUUACAGACAUACCACAGGACUUACGGAUAUACUUUAGGGACAAGCCGUACAGUGAUGUUAUAUUAGGAUCAAAAGCACUGAGUGAGCCCCCCACAUGUAUGGGAGUAGUGGUUCCACUAGCAAUGAGAGAAGCAAUCGUUUCAGCCAGGCUAGAUGGAGGGAUACCUUCGACCGAAUGGUUUCCAAUUGAUGGGCCAUAUACCGUUGAAAAAAUUUGCUUAGCGUGUAAAACCAAAAUCGACGAUUUCAAGUUUUACUAAGUAAAUUAGUUGAGAGUCGUUUUAAAUUGUCUAAAUUAAGUUUGUCUUUUACUUAUUAUUAAAUGUUACAAUUAUAAAUUA